CAACUCCAAGACGUUACAGAAAAAAACUCAAGGAGAAGAGGAAGAUGAGCAGUGGAGCAGGGAAGAUCGUGUGCGUAACCGGAGCUUCCGGUUACAUAGCUUCAUGGCUUGUGAAGCUUCUCCUCGCUCGCGGUUACACUGUGAAGGCCACUGUUCGUGACCCCAAUGAUCCAAGAAGGACAGAGCACUUAGUUACACUUGAUGGAGCUUCGGAGAGACUCCAGUUGUUUAAAGCAAACCUAUUGGAAGAAGGAUCCUUUGAUUCUGUUGUUGAAGGAUGUGAUGGUGUUUUUCAUACUGCAUCUCCCUUUUACCAUGAUGUCAAGGAUCCACAGGCAGAGUUAAUUGAUCCUGCAGUGAAGGGAACUCUUAAUGUGCUUAACUCUUGUGUAAAAGUCCCUUCUAUCAAACGAGUCGUUUUGACAUCUUCAAUGGCUGCUGUUACAUAUAACGGACAACCUCGAAAUCCAGAUACAGUGAUAGAUGAGACUUGGUUUUCUGAUCAGGAAGUCUGCAAGCAGCAAAAGCUUUGGUAUGUGCUUUCAAAGACCCUGGCGGAGGAAGCUGCCUGGAAAUUCGCUAAGGAGAAGGGUUUGGAUAUUGUUGUUCUAAACCCAGCAAUGGUCAUUGGUCCUCUUUUACAGCCAACGCUUAAUACUAGUGCUGCAGCAAUUCUAAGCUUAAUUAAAGGAGCUCAAACUUUCCCUAAUGCAACUUUUGGAUGGGUUAAUGUUAAAAAUGUUGCAACUGCACAUAUCCUAGCUUUUGAGGUUCCUUCAGCCAGUGGAAGAUAUUGUUUAGUCGAGAGAGUUGCGCACUAUUCAGAAGUUGUGAAAGCCUUAAGUGAGCUUUACCCCACUUUCCACCUUCCUGAAAAGUGUGCUGAUGACAAGCCAUAUGUUCCGACAUAUCAGGUGUCAAAAGAAAAAGUGAAGGGCUUGGGACUUGAGUUCAUUCCCUUCGAGGUUAGCAUCAAGGAGACGGUAGAAUCUCUCAAGGAGAAGGCCUUUGUUGAUUUCUGAGUAUGCUGCCCUUGACAGUCCUCUAAUAAUAAAUAAGACUUAUGUUAUCGAUAACAUUGUCUUGUGGUAGCCAAUUUCUUGUUUCAACACUCUCUAAACUUGGUUAUAUUUCAGUAUGCAUUUAUAAAAGGAUCAUUUUUUCCUAAAGUUUUUGCUUUCGUA